AUGAAAAGCCGUUUAUUUCUAAUCUCUCAUUUUAAUUUUUUAUGUAUAAUAGCAAUAAAUAUUAACUUCUAUGGUAUUAACGAAUAUUACAACUCAAACAAAUACAAACCUAAAUUUGUGAGGUAUAAAGAAAUACAAUUAAUAAGAAAUUUAGCAGAAGUAUUCAAUUUUACAGAUAAGGAUAUAUUAAAUGAUGAGGGCCUUACAAUAAAAGAGGUACAAUUACUGUAUAAUAUGAAUGAAACAAAAGAUGAAGAUACAGCACUUAAAGAAUUCUUUGGUGAUCCGAGACUUUUAUUUGUAAAAUUGGUAGAUUUAAUAUUUUUAGGAAAUUUUAAUGAAAAAUUGAAACAAGAGAAACGUAAAAUAGAUUCUAUAUGUUCCAUGUUGAGGAUUAUGAAUACUAAAAUAACGGAUUAUAUGGAUAGUAUACUAGAUAAUGUAAAUAAUCAGAUCGAUUGUAUAUUUGAUGAUCUUGAAUCAUAUGAAAGUGAAUUACUUUCAUUUACAGAAGUUGAUGUUGAUAUUACUAUAAGCGAAUGUAACCAAUAUUUAUUAAUUAAUAAAGAUAUUGCAUAUGAUUAUUUUAAGGAAUCAAACUUAAGUGAAAAAAUUAAAUUAAAUCCUAAAAAAUCCUUUACCUUUUUUAAUGAAUUACAUAAAAUAAAUAAUAAAUUUUUAUCUAAUAUUAAUAGGAAAAUAUAUUCAUAUGACAAAAUUAUAAUUAAUGAUUUAAGUAAAACAGUAAAUAGGUUUCCUUUGAAAUAUGCUACUGUAUCGUUACAUUUCAAUAUGGAAAAUUUUAUUGAUCCAAUGAAAGAUGUUUUACAUGCAUUUAUUUUAGCCAUAAUUUUUGAAAACCAAGUUGAAGAUAUUAAUAAGGCUACUUCCCUCAAAGUAUAUAUUGAAAUAUUGCGUUCUUUAAUUUUUGAUAUGAAUAGAGAGCUAGAUGCCACUAUAGCAUCAAAGACGCAUAAGUUAUUUGUAAGACUAAAUAAGAUAUUAAAUGGUGAUGUAAAAUGCUUGAUAGCCAUUAUUCUAUUCAUACUUAAACAAGAUAGAUGUGUAAAUAAACUUAAAUUAGAUUAUUUGAAAUAUAAAUACGGAGAUGAAAUAUUUAAUGAUAAAUUUUUGUCUCAUAUAUAUGAAUUAUUUUUACAAGAAAAAGAUGAUUUAAAAAAGUCCUUAGAUGAAUUUAAAACAUAUAUAAGGGCAAUUUUUGGUUUUGAUGUGGAUAGUUCAGGCAUUAUAUCAUUAGAACAAACUAUUUAUAAAUCAAAUGAAAAACAUUUAUUAUUACAACUAUUUCAUGUUAUUGUACACUCAUUAGGAUGUAAGAGGAAAUUAAAUGAUUAUUCGAACUUUUUAGAUAUGAUCGAGGAAGGAUCGAAAAAAAGUUUAAGAAUAAAAUUUAAAAAUUUAUUUAAAGAACGAAAUAAAGUAUACAUUUCAAAAAGAAAAUCUAGAAAUAUAAUAUUAAGUCUUUUGGAUAUAUAUAGCAAUAGCAAAAUAUUUUUUGAACUCAAGAAUAUCAAUCAAAAUUUAAUUAGCCAAGCAAUAAAAAUGGAUUUUUCUGUAAGGAAAUUUAGAGGUUAUGAUUAUUUAAUAAAUUUAUUAAUUAAAGAAUUGGAUAAAUUAAAAAAAUGUAUUCUUUGUUCUGAAGAAAAACGAAUAAACAAAAAUGCUAUUACAUUUUUUCUGUAUGAAAUUAAGAGAUUCAGUAGAAGUUGUAAGAAAUAUUGUUGUAUCAAGUAUAUAUAG